AUGCAAACCACAGUUCCUUCGUCGCUUUCUUCUCGUGAUCAGCUCCAUCAUCCUCUUCUCAGUUUCAUCACCUAUAAACGAUAUAAUGGGAUUGUAUUGGUGUUAUCCAUUGGUUUGCUUUUCAUAUCAUUACUGAGUGUGUUUCCUAACGCUAACAACAGAAGUGUACUUGCAUCGGAAGUGGAGAAUCUCACCAAAGCCAAGAUUUGGAUUUAUUUCAAGGAUAAAGGACAAGAAGUUUCUAAUUUAAAGUCCUCUACUCAAAUACCUGUCAUCAUUCAAAAGAGAUUGUUGGCAUUGAAGAGUAAGAAGAAUAGUAGAUCGGUCGGUGAGGCUGAAGCAAGCAUGAUCUAUCCGACAAAUGUGGCCAUCACUGAAAAAUCUCUUGAAAGAAGAAGAAAACAAUUGGCACAAUUCGAAAUCAGAAACAAGAAUAAUUUAAAAAGAUCGGAUUUAUCAGAGUCUUCAUUGUAUUCAGUACAUGACAUUCCUAUUCAUGAAGAAUAUGUUGAAAGAAUUGAAUCAAUACUGAGACCUGAUCAAAAAAUUGGAGUCAGAAGCAAUUGGUUGAACGCUAUUAGUGUGGCUGAUGUUACACAGGACCAAGUUCUCAAAAUUCAAAAUAUGGAUUUUGUUCAACACAUCGAAGAAGUUGCGAGUUUUAAAAAACGAACUCAAGUAUCGGAAGAGCCAAUAAUUACUACAAAAUCCUCACACAGGAAAACGUCACAAAACUCAAUUUAUGGAUUGGCACAAGAGCAAUUAAGUCAAAUUAAUGUUAUUCCAAUAUUAGAAUCAAAUCCGCAUUUAAAUGGAACAGGUGUUACUGUUCUCAUUUGCGACAGUGGAUUCCAUCGACAGCAUAGAGCAUUCAAAAAUUUGAAGCUUGUGGCAGAGUAUGACUUUGUUUAUGGCGAUACCAACACAGACAAUGAACAAAACGAAUCUCCAACUGUUGCGAACCAUGGAACUCAAUGCUUAUCAGCACUCGCAGGUUAUGACCCUUAUAACUUUAUGGGAGUAGCACCAGGCAUUUCUGUACUUUUAGCAAAAACUGAGGAUGUCAGAUCUGAAACUCCAGCUGAAGAAGACAACUUUAUCGCUGCUGUCGAGUGGGGAGAACGAAUGGGUGCCGACGUAUUGAGUGCCUCCCUUGGCUACACCGAUUGGUAUUCACAUGCAAAGAAGAAUUACAAUGGUGUCACAUCACCCCUUACCCGAGUGGUCAACAUUGCUUCUCGAUAUAAAGGAAUAGUGUUGGUUCUAGCAGCCGGCAACGAGGGCAGUGAAGGUAUUUCAACUCCUGCAGACGCAUUUGACUCAAUCACUGUUGGAUCUGUAGACUCUAGUGAUUUUAUUUCAGGCUUUAGCAGCAGAGGCCCUUCAGACGAUGGACGGAUUAAGCCAGAGGUUUGUGCACGUGGAAGCAGAACCAAUGUUGUCUCUCCAAACACUGACUCUGACUAUACCAUCAAUUCUGGAACUAGCUUUUCGACUCCCAUUGUUGCUGGCUGUGUUGCUUUGACCCUGCAAAUGCAUCCUAAUUGGACCCCUUAUCAAGUCAGAAAGGCAUUCAUGUUGACAGCAUCCCAAGCUACUGCUCCAGACAACAAUUAUGGAUGGGGUAUUGUGAACUUGGCUGCAGUUAUGAAUUUCAGUCAAAACUCUUCAUCAUCUUACUUUAAUGACUCGCCAACACCAUGCCCUGUUACAACCAAUCUUGGACCUCUCUACAACAGUGAAUGUGGAUGGAAAGCUAAUAGAGGAGUCUGUUUUAAUGGAUUGUGUCGUUGCUACUUGUCUUCCUCUACUAAGGAUUCAUGUGAUAUUCCAUCGACAGGUUCUUCUAUUUCGACCAAAUGUGGACUUCAUAAUUGCAAAGGUGGAGUUUGUUCUAAAGAGAAGUGUCUAUGUUUCUAUGGAUGGAGUGGUUCUGAUUGCAGCAUUCAAGAGGCUAUCAGUAUUUCCAGCAAAAUUUUCCUCUCCCUUAAUUCUAUAGUAAUUGUCUUUCUUUUUAUUAUUUUCAUGUAA